AAAUGUGCUUCAUUGUAGGACAUUAUCCUGAAUGAAUUGUAAGACUAAAAGGUACACUGAAGAAACGAAAAAAUGGCGAAUUCCGAUAUGGCUUUGUUGACAGAAAAACGUUUAAAAGAAAUGGAAGCGGAGAUGAACCGCUUUGAGCAGGAGAUUCUGGUGCCAAAAGACUUUGAGGCAGGAGGAUCGCGGAUGAUUAUUGGUGCUGGCACAUUCAAUAAAGUCAAAGCCCAAAUCACAGGAAAUGAUGAACCUCCACAUAAGAUGGCCCGCCAUGAAGGCCCUCCCCAGGGCCCUCCGCCAAGGGCGAAACCUCCACACCCAGAGGGCUCACAAUACUCGGACCCCAACAUCCCAUUAUCAGUGCUAGCUGCCCCACCCCCACCUCCUCCCUCUCUGAUGUCAUCUUCAAGGCCGACAUCCUCAGGGGUGUCCAACCUAGCGCCUCCCCCACCUCCACCUCCAGCCAUGCGCCCAAAUCUCCCAUUUGUUCCUCAUCAGAUCAGACAAAGAAUGCCCCCUCCCCCACCUCCCCCUUCUGGGCCCCCUGUCCAGGGGCCCCCUAGACCACCACCACACUUCAUGGGAGGCCAGAGUGGACCGGACCCAUAUUCAGGAGGUUACCAAGGACCCCCUCAUCCCCAUUCCAUGCCAAAUCGAGGUCCUAUGAUGAGACCUCCAUAUGGAGGUCCAGGUCCCCAGGGACCUAUGCCACCUUUUCAUGGAGGACCUCCUCCUAUGGAGCAGAAAAAAGAGCCAAUGAUUGAAAAACCAAGAGUUGUCUACUCCUCCGCUCCUGUCAUCAACAAACCAGAGAAAAAGAAAAAGAAAAAAAAAGAGGAGGAAGGGGGACCACAGGGGGACACAGGAGACCAGAGUAAAGUGGGGCCCUCAGGGGGAAUUGUUCCAGCUAUAAUGCCAGUACCACAGCCAGAAGUAAAAGUGCAUGAACCAAUACAUGAGCCUGAGCCUGUGAUGGAAGUAGUGCCUAAAAGAGAGAAGAAAGAGAAGAAGCCCAAGAAGAUAAUCCGGACAGCGGCAGGAGAGACCUGGGAGGAUCCAUCGCUGGAGGAGUGGGAGAAAGAUGAUUUUAGAAUAUUCUGUGGAGAUCUAGGGAAUGAAGUCACCGAUGAAGUCUUGGCCCGUGCUUUCAGUAGAUACCCCUCUUUUUUAAAGUCCAAAGUUGUUCGAGAUAAAAGAACUAACAAAACGAAAGGUUACGGAUUUGUGAGCUUCAAAGAUCCCAAUGAUUUCGUCCAGGCCAUGAGAGAAAUGAAUGGAAAGUACGUGGGAAAUAGGCCAAUAAAACUAAGAAAGAGCAGUUGGAGGGACAGAAAUAUUGAAAUAGUCAGGAAAAAGGAUAAAGAGAAGAAACGAUUGGGUCUCCGUUAAUUGUGCAGGACCGGAAGUGGACUAUUUUUCAUCAUUUAAAUAAGUUUUCAUAAAUGAUAAGUGUUGACUUUAAUGUACAGGUGUACAGCAAAGGUACGAGUGAUGAAUGUAACAGUCAAAUAAACUUAAUCGAUUUA